CAGUUGAAAGGGUUUUAUCCAUUAGCUCGGGACACUCUUCACAACUGUCAAGAGUCUCUCUCUCUUUGGCGGCAAUGGCCACGACGCCCAACCCGACCCUCCUCAAACUCUCCCACUCGCCCAAGACAACUCGCUUCAAAACCGUAAUCAUCUGCAAGAAGCCCAAGAACGAGUCCGCAUUCAAAGAGAAGAAGCAAGUAUCCGUGGACUACGACAAGGGCCAGCACGAGGUCUCCAUCCGUGUCAGCGGCCUCCGGAAGUCUGAUAUACCGAGGCGGUACCGGCUACGUGUUGAGGGCGACCGGUUCCAGAAGGACUGGACGGUCUCCGAGGUGGUUGAUAAAAUCUUGAAGCUCGAACACGGGGACGAUGUUGACAGCUUGUUGAACCAGUGGGUCGGCCGGUUCGCGAGGAAGAAUUUCCCGCUUCUUAUUAGGGAGAUAACACGGACGGGUUCUAUUCAACAUAGCAUUCACCUUUUCCGGUGGAUGAAAAACCAAAAGAAUUACUGUGCUCGGAAUGAUAUUUACAAUAUGAUGAUCAGAUUACAUGCUAGGCAUAAUUGGACAGAUCAGGCUCGUGGUUUGUUUUUUGAGAUGCAAGAGUGGAGGUGCAAGCCUGAUGCUGAGACUUACAAUGCUCUUAUCAAUGCACAUGGUCGAGCAGCCCAAUGGCGUUGGGCCAUGCAUAUCAUGGAAGACAUGCUCCGUGCUGCUAUCCCUCCUAGUCGGUCAACAUAUAACAAUUUGAUCAAUGCUUGUGGAUCUAGUGGAAAUUGGAGAGAAGCUUUGAAGAUUUGCAAGAAAAUGACAGAUAAUGGAGUAGGGCCUGAUCUUGUGACUCACAAUAUAGUUUUAUCAGCAUACAAAAGUGGGGCUCAGUAUUCGAAAGCUUUGUCCUAUUUUGAGCUAAUGAAGGGGACAAACAUUCGCCCUGACACAACUACCCUUAACAUCGUGAUACAUUGCCUUAUAAAGCUUGGAGAAUAUGCAAAAGCCAUUGAUAUGUUUAAUUCCAUGAGGGAGAAGAGAGCAGAAUGUCAUCCUGAUAUCGUAACAUUCACUAGCAUCAUUCAUAUGUAUUCUGUAUGUGGGCAAAUUGAAAAUUGCAAGGCCGUGUUCAAUACAAUGCUUGCAGAAGGCCAAAAACCUAACAUUGUCUCUUAUAAUGCACUGAUAGCUGCAUAUGCUUCACAUGGGAUGAGUAAAGAGGCAUUUGCAGUUUUUAAUGAGAUAAAGCAGAGUGGUUUCUGCCCAGAUAUUGUAUCUUAUACAUCUUUACUCAAUGCUUAUGGAAGAUCACAGCAACCUAAAAAGGCCAGGGAAGUAUUUGACAUGAUUAAAAGGAACAACCGGAAACCGAAUCUUGUUACCUACAAUGCACUGAUUGAUGCAUAUGGAUCUAAUAGUUUGUUAGCUGAAGCAGUUGAAGUCUUACGAGAAAUGGAGCAAGAUGGGAUCCAGCCAAAUGUUGUCUCGAUAUGCACACUGUUAGCUGCCUGUGGACGAUGUGGUCGAAAGGUGAAGAUUGAUGCCGUGCUCUCGGCCGCUGCUCAAAGAGGCAUCAAGUUGAACAAAGUUGCAUAUAAUGCAGCUAUUGGGAGUUAUUUGAAUGUGGGGGAAUAUGAUAAAGCUUUAACUUUAUAUAGAUCUAUGAGGAAGAAGAAAGUUACACCAGAUUGUGUUACUUACACUGUGUUGAUAAGUGGUUGUUGUAAGAUGUCAAAAUAUACUGAGGCGAUUUAUUUUCUUGAUGAAAUGAUGGAUUUGAACAUUCCUUUGUCCAAAGAGGUCUACUCAUCUGUGAUCUGUGCCUACAGCAAACAGGGUCAACUCAAAGAAGCAGAACAUAUGUUCAACUUGAUGAAGAUGGCUGGUUGUCCUCCUGAUGUAUGUACAUAUACUUCAAUGGUACAUGCAUAUACUGCUGCAGAGAAUUGGGAAAAAGCUUGCGCACUAUAUGAAGAAAUGGAAACAAAUAAUAUCCUACCUGAUACCAUUGCUUGUUCGGCUUUGAUGAGAGCUUUUAAUAAAGGAGGCCAACCGUCCAAGGUUCUUAUUUUGGCAGAAAUUAUGAGGGAAAAGGAGAUCCCUUUUGGUGAUGCCAUUUUCUUUGAAAUGGUAUCUGCUUGUAGUAUGUUACGGGAUUGGAGGACAGCAAUGGACCUGAUUAAGUUCAUGGAGCCAUCAUUUGCUGUAGUUUCCGCUGGACUUGUGAAUCAGCUUCUGUAUUUUCUUGGGAAAAGUGGGAAGACAGAGACUAUGUUGAAGUUGUUCUACAAGAUAGUGUCUUCCGGUGCUGAUGUCAAUUUCAAUACAUAUUCCAUUUUGUUGAAGAAUCUUUUGUCUGCUGGGAAUUGGAGAAAAUAUAUUGAGGUAUUGCAGUGGAUGGUGGAUGCAGGAAUUCAACCUUCGAAUGAAAUGUAUUGCGAUAUAUCCUACUUUUCUCAAAGAAGUGUUGGGGUGGAAAAUGCAGCUACCAUUCGAGAAAGACUAGAAUCCUUGAGAGGAAAAGUUCAGAAUCACAUUUCGGUGAGCAGAUGACGAUUCUCCUCGUCUCACCUUCCCAUCGACAUGUUGGACAUAAAGUAUAAAUGCCACAACCUACAAGAAUCUCCAACCUCUGUUAGAUAUCCACCAGCUGCAGGAGUCAUUUCUUAGAUUUUUUUUUUCUAUAUUUAAGGGCAUGGGGUGAAAAUCCAUAAUCACCCAGGCAAUAGCUUGGUUGCUUUGGGGCACCUUGAUUUCCCCAGUCGUGCACAUUAAGGAAGCUAUCUGGUUUGGGCUGGUUUAAGUUGUGUGCAGGAGACUGGAGAGAGUUCAAGCAGCUGCUGGUUCAAUAUUCAUAUGGACAUUGUUUCCAGUAAGUGAACCAACCUUCGAAAUCUUGUACAUGGCUGCAGAGAGUUCUAAAUUUGAUUGUGUUUCUAGUACUUUUUUUUUUUUUUUUUUUUUCCUUCUUUCUUUUUGUAUAGUGGGAAAUAUUGCGAGGCCGCCCUCCCUCUGCGGCCUCUGGCAGUCAACCGAGGUCUAGUAAUUAUUAGGCUAUCUUGAGUGAGGUUUUAAACUUUUGACCAAACCAA